AAAACUUAAAAUAUUCUUCCCACCAUACUAUACUAUUGACAUCCUCAGCAGAGAAAAACAGAGGGAGAACAUUCAACUUAAUUGCUCUUCAUCUCUUCUUGCUGUUCCCUUCCUUCAGUUGUUUCCCUUUUCACAACAAUGGAAACUGUAAGCUACAAACAUUUCUUCCAUGUCUGCCUUCUCUUUCUCCUCUUCAUGACUUGCAAAGCAGCCCAAAACCCAUCAACAUCAUCAUCAUCAUCAUCAUUAGUAAUCUCCAGAUUCCAAGAAUAUCUUCAAAUUAACACUGCUCAUCCUAAUCCCAAAUACUAUGAAGCUGCUGAUUUCAUCAUAUCUCAAGCUAAAUCCUUGUCCCUUGAAUCUCAGACUAUUGAGUUUGUUAAAAAUAAACCAUUAGUCUUGCUCAAGUGGCCUGGAAAGAACCCUAAAUUGCCCUCAGUCCUCCUCAACUCUCACACCGACGUCGUUCCGGUUGAAUUACACAAGUGGACUCACCACCCCUUUGAUGCUCAUAUUGAUUCUGAUGGGAAUAUUUAUGCCAGAGGUUCUCAGGAUAUGAAAUGUGUGGGUAUGCUGUAUCUAGAAGCUAUUCGGAAGCUGAAGGAUUCCGGGUUUGAGCCCACUCGUACCAUUUAUUUGUCAUAUGUCCCUGAUGAGGAGAUUGGUGGACGUGAUGGGGCAGAGAAGUUGGCAGCAUCUGAUGUGUUGGAAACAAUGAAUGUGGCUUUUGUGAUGGAUGAAGGUGGCCCUUCAGCAGAUGACAAGUAUCAGGCAUAUUAUGCAGAGAGGUCACCAAUGUGGCUGGUGAUCAAGGCUACCGGGGAACCUGGGCAUGGUGCAAAUUUGUAUGACAAUACCGCAAUGGAGAACUUGUUGAAAAGUAUCGAGAGCAUUAAAAGAUUUCGAGCAGCGGAAUUUGACAUGGUAAAAGCUGGCUUGAAAACCAGGGGAGAUGUGAUUUCAGUGAAUUUGGUGUUUCUGAAAGCUGGUACGGAAUCUCCAACUGGUUUUGUCAUGAAUAUGCAACCUUCUGAAGCUGAAGCAGGUAUUGACAUUCGGGUUCCACCAACAGCCGAUCAAGAAGCACUUGAAAGACGCAUUGCUGAGGAGUGGGCUCCUGCUUCGCGCAACAUGACAUUUGAGUUCAAGGACAAGUUUCCCACACUUGAUAAAUUUGGUAAGCCAGCCAUCACAGUUACUAAUAGUUCAAAUCCCUGGUGGGUGCUCUUAGAAGAAGCUGUUCAGGGUGCUGGUGGGAAACUUGAGAAGCCGGAAAUCUUCCGUGGUGCUACAGAUGCUAGUUUCUAUAGAAUUCGUGGCUUGCCAGCUAUAGGAUUCUCUGCCAUUGCAAAUACUCCAAGCCUAGCACACGACCAUAAUGAGUUCUUAAACCAACAGGAAUAUAUCAAAGGAAUUGACAUAUAUGCUUCUAUAAUCAAAGCUUUUGCAUCUUAUGCUAAGCAGCCAGAAGCCACAGCUUCUAAAGAUGAGUUGUAAGAGUAGCGUCAGUGUAUUUCGCCUACUGUACGAAAAUGGAUUUGGCAUCACUUUUCUACUAGGCUGUGAUUUCCCUGCUGUAACUCAUUCCUUCAGAGAAAUCAGUCCUGUGUUCAAUCAGUUUAGCAGAAUCUUCAUAAGAGUUCAGGUGUUUGUAAAUAUCAUUCUCACUUGAUCUAGCUUCAGAAUCUUCAGUCCUGUGUUCAAUUUGUUUAGCACAAUUCUCUGAUCCUUGCAGUUCUAAAAGUAGCUAGUUUAUGGA